UGAAGUGGCAUGAUGAGUUCGGUCUCUGGGGUUGAGAAGUGGAAGGAACACUCGCAGGCUGUGGUUGUGCACGACUUCAUCGAAGACGCACAAGACAGAGACCUCAAAUUGAAAUCCGGCGACAUAAUCCUCGUAGUCAAAGUCACCAAACCUCAACUCGGAAAAAAGGACCAAAACUGGAUCAAAUGCAGGGCUCUGGAUGGUCGUGUUGGUCUUGUGCCAGUCAAUUAUAUCAAAAGAAGGGAUCCCGUCAAGUUAUUUAGCUACUCGUGGUUCCACGGGAAAAUAGAGCGAGAAGCGGCUGAGGAUCUGUUGAAAAGUGCCCCUAGAACAAAUGGUAAGUAUCUGGUGCGAGAGAGCAUACGCUACGAGGGGGACUUCACUCUCUCCCUCCUUACCUUGGGCGACAACGAUGAGCCCAUAAUCGACCACUACAGAAUGCUGCGCAGCACCGAAACAGGUAAAACCUUCAUAGACGAGGAGCAUCAAUUUUUUCACAUUGUGGAGCUGAUCAAAUUCUACUGCAAGGAGGCUAACGGACUGGCCCACAAGCUGACCAAGUCAGUGGACACGAAUGAGGCCAAAAUCAAGGUCAUCAAGAGCGACUUCGAGAAACACAACUGGAGGAUCAACAGGCGAGACGUAAAGCUAGUCGAAAAAGUGGGACAGGGAGAGUUCGCAGAUGUGUGGCGCGGUGAGCUGCGUGGGAACACAGUGGCAGCGAAACAGAUCAAGAAACAGGGUCAGGAUGAAAGCGAGAAGAUCCUGGCUGAGGCCUCCAUCAUGACUGAGCUCAAACACCCCAACCUGCUCCGGCUGGUCGGAGUGGUCACAGAUGACCCCAUCCUAAUGCUAGUCGAGUACUGCGACAAGGGGAGCUUAUUAGACGUGCUGCGAACCCAAGGUCGACAAGUCAUCACUCUAUCCAAAUUGCUUGACUUUGCUAGUGGGGUGCUAGAUGGCAUGUGUUAUCUGGAACGGAAGAACAUGCAACACAGAGACCUGGCAUGCAGGAAUGUGCUGGUGGACGAUGCCAUGCAAGCCAAGAUUUCCGACUUUGGCCUGGCACAGUACAGGAGCGCCACCCUAGAGAGCGCCAAGUUCCCCAUCAAGUGGUCCGCUCCAGAGGCUGUCAAUGAAAAGAAGUACACGAAUAAAUCAGAUGUUUGGAGCUAUGGCGUCUUUCUCUGGGAGUUGUUUUCUUAUGGCAGAGUACCUUACCCUUCCAUGCAAAAAGACGAAGUAAUGAAACACGUGAUGCAAGGAUACCGCAUGAAGUGUCCUACAGAUUGCCCCGACAAAGUCUACUCGAUUAUGAAGAAAUGCUGGACGAUUGACGUGAUUGAGAGACCCUCGUUUAAAAAGCUGAAAGACACAGAACUCACCGACGAGGAGGUUGCCAGACUAAAGGAAGAUGACCGCACCAUGCUUCAGAUACAGCCUGUGGUGUUAGAGAGACCGGAGAAUAAUUACGCCACCCUAGACGUCCCAAACUGAUGAGUAUUCUAUCGUGCUCCAAAGUCUUCGAGCAAACUGGGGGAUAACAAUAUCUAUGCGGAUGCAUUGGAUGCAAAACUUCUUCAGAAACACUCUUUAACUGGCCCAAAAUUUGUGCUAUGUAUGUCUCGAUUCUAUUUAUAGUCUGACAAUAAACGUGUGUCCUUAUAAAAUUCUGGACACUUGUAGUUAAUUUUAUCUCUUUUUUGUUUUAUCAAGGGAAGCCUAGCCAAACUUGUGAUGUUGUGCAUUUAUUUUAUCAUUUUGUACUAAAUAAUGUCUGAUUGAAUGAAAAGUUUUUUUUGCAAUAAUUGUAUGCGAUUUGCGUUCAAUUCUCUAGAAUUUAUUUCGAUGUAAAUAAAUAAUUAUUAUUUCUAGCUUAUCUUCUUCCUUGGUACUUGGUAUUAUUAUUAACAUUUAUGAGCAUUUAUAUUUUUUGAAUAUUUGAUGCGAUUGUGUUGUUUUAUCAUCGUCUCUUUUCCACGGCUAAAAGAAUGAUAUCACAGGUUUCAAAGUUGGGAUCAAUUAAGCAAUUUCCCCCUCCCCGUAAUAACCAAUUGAUCUGCUACACCCCCCCCCCCCCAAGUAAAAACGGUAAAAUGCUGCAAAAGACAUUACAAGCGCAAGAUCAUGGCUGUUGUGUUCAUAAUAACCAAUUAAUAGACCGACUGAUGUUUAUUUUAUGUGUGUCGAGAAAAAAUUAUGCAAAUAAAAAAAAAUCAUUUUUUUUUAAAAAGGGUUUAUUCGUGUUUUUGUUUCGGCGUCCAUGCUUCGAGGAAAGCAAGUUACCAGGGGUCAUGAUCUAACCUUGUAUAUGAAUGCCCAUCAUUUGUUCUCAGCAGCACCUUAUGCGUACGCAAUAGCAUUUUUUGAUUUCAUUUACGAUAGAAAAAAAAUCGGCUUUACAUGCAUCAGUUUUUGUGAUUUUUCCACUCUGAAAGUAAUUUUUGAUGUAAACUUUGUUGUUCUACAUUCGUUGCAGCUUUCAUAUCACAAAAACUAUUUUCAAGUGGUUUUAAACAUGAUUCGAGUACCUAUUGAGCUAUCUCUUCCACCCCCUCCCCCCACGCGGAAAUGGGGGUGGGGGAUUGCUCAAUUGAUUUUAAAUUUGUUCAUACAUAUU